AUGGCGGAGAUGAUGGCGAAGCUCCAGGCGGCGGAGGCGGAGGCGGAGAAGCUCCGAUCGGAGCUCCGAGCGCAGCCGGAGCCGCCGACCGCGACCGUCGACGAGCUCGCGAGGCAGAAGCCCGCGAAGCCGGAGAGCCGCGUCGACGGCACGGGCGGGCGCGAGACGCUGUUCGGCGCCCCGAGCGGCGACUCGUGGCUCUCCGACGGCAUGGAGUUCCUCGUCCGGACGCAGCCCUCGGAGGCGGGCGAGCUCCCGGAGAUGGACGAGGAGGCGAAAAACGAGGUGAACAGGAGGCUCGCGAUCGGGCUGUUCGGGACCGCGGUGUUCGCCGCGCUGUCGCAGAUCUCGGACGAGGCCCCGACGCCGUCGAAGCCGCUGUUCUUCUACCUCGUCCCGCUCGUGAAGAUUCGCGAGCUUCUGAGGCAAGCGGAGAGCCUCGCGGAGGAUGGGUACUGGGAAGAGCUCAGCACCGUGUGCAACCAGAUAUCACGCGGGAACGACCCGAAGGGGAACUUGUUCGCCGCCGCGGCGUAUCUGGACGCGAGCCAGGAGGUCAAGGCGAAAGCGAUCGCGUUCGACUUCCUCGAGCUCCUGGAGAAGAUCGACUACAACAAGUACUUCGAGAACAUGGGCGCGGUGUCCGGCGCGAAAGCGGCGGAGUACUCGAAGUUUUCCAAACGCGCCGCCGCGGCGAGCGCGAGUAAACUCGACGAGUUCCUCGCUCUCAUGGACCGAGAGCAGCUCGACGCCGCGCGGUCGCAGGUGCUGCCGCCGCCGCCGGAGCCGGAGCCGGAGCCGGAGCCGGCGGCGGUCGAAGCCGCGAGCGGCGGCGAAGGAGGGGGGUUCUCGGGUUCGUACGGCGAGGAAGAGUGA